UCCAGACGUUUUCAGUCCCGCUGACGACGAUCAUGUCGCCAAAGUUUAUAUUUCUACUAGGAUGCCUUACUCUACUUGCCGUUACGGUGAGAGCGCAAGAUGAUGAGGGAGAGGACGGGCCUGGUCCUAAUGCUGAGGAGCUGUGCCAGGACAGGCCUGGUGAUGAAUACUUCCGUCUCAGUGUCGAUGGCGACUGCAGGGACGUCGUGAGAUGCGACAAAGCUACUGAGAUUGGCGUAACCCGAUUGGCCUCUGUCAAGUGUCCAACUGGUUUGGCAUUUGACAUCGAGCGACAAACCUGCGAUUGGAAGACUAACGUCAAGAAUUGCGAACAACUUGAGAAGCCACGUAAGGUACUUCCAAUUCUCAAGACAGAUGAGCCCAUUUGUCCUGAGGGCAAAUUGUCCUGUGGUAAUGGAGACUGUAUUGAGAAGGAACUCUUCUGUAAUGGAAAACCAGACUGUAAGGAUGAGUCUGAUGAGAACGCUUGCACCGUGGAGACCGACCCGAACCGCGCCCCCGACUGCGACCCAACCCAGUGCGUCCUCCCCGACUGCUACUGCUCCGCCGACGGCACCAGAAUUCCCGGUGGCAUCGAGCCGUCGCAGGUCCCCCAGAUGAUCACGAUCACGUUCAACGGUGCCGUGAACGUCGACAACAUCGACCUCUACGAGGACAUCUUCAACGGCCAGCGGAUAAACCCCAACGGCUGCCAGAUCCGCGGUACCUUCUUCGUCUCCCACAAGUACACAAACUACUCAGCCGUGCAGGAUCUCCACCGGAAGGGUCACGAGGUGGGCGUCUUCUCCCUGACCCACAAGGACGAUCCGCAGUACUGGACCCAGGGGACCUACGACGACUGGCUAGCGGAGAUGGCAGGUGCCAGACUGAUAAUCGAGAGAUUCGCCAACAUCACUGACGGCUCGAUCAUCGGCAUGCGAGCGCCGUACCUCAGGGUCGGUGGAAACAAGCAAUUCGAGAUGAUGUCCGACCAAUUCUUCGUGUACGACGCCUCAAUCACCGCCUCCCUGGGUCGCGUCCCCAUCUGGCCGUACACUCUCUACUUCAGGAUGCCCCACAAGUGCAACGGAAACGGCGGCAACUGUCCCUCAAGGUCACACCCCGUCUGGGAAAUGGUGAUGAAUGAGCUCGAUCGUCGUGACGAUCCGACGUUCGACGAGUCCCUGCCCGGUUGUCACAUGGUGGACUCGUGCUCCAACGUUCAGACUGGCGAGCAGUUCGGGAGACUCUUGAGGCACAACUUCAACAGACACUACAACAGCAACAAAGCUCCUCUCGGCCUCCACUUCCACGCGUCGUGGCUCAAGAGCAAGAAGGAGUACAGGGACGAACUCAUCAAGUUCAUUGACGAGAUGCUGACUAAAGGGGAUGUCUACUUUGUCACGAUGGUACAGGUCAUCAAGUGGAUGCAGACACCUACGGAGCUGUCAGGGUUGAGGGACUUCCAGGACUGGAAGGAGACUUGCGAUGAGAAGGGACAGCCGUACUGCUCGCUCCCUAAUGCCUGUCCUCUUACUACUAGGGAACUUCCUGGGGAGACUCUGCGACUCUUCACCUGCAUGGAGUGCCCCAACAACUAUCCCUGGCUUCUUGAUCCCACUGGGGAUGGGUUCACUGUUAAGAAGUGAGGGGGCGAAGUGUUGCGAAGUGGUAGGUUGGGAGGGGGAAGAAGUACCAGGAGAUGAGGCGAUUUUCACUUUUAGGGACUGGAGAGGGUCUCGGGGACCACGGGUUUGGAGGAAACGCACGAAAAAUUUAAUUCAUAAGUCUGUUGGAUUUCUAUUGAAUUUUCUAUUUGCUUUUGGCUAAUUCUACUGAAUUGUUCAGUUGAACAUAUUCUAUAGAAGCCUAUGAAAUUAGAUUCUUCUGUACAACCUAGUCUGUUGAGAUAUUUUCUAUAGAAUUUCCUCGGCUCGAUUUUUUUUCAUUCUAUUGUUCUUUUCUAUUUUUAUA